AUGAUGAUAGCCAAAGAGAGAGCAUCACAUAUGAUUAAUAUUAUUGAAAAUGAAGAAAAAGAAAUUCUUCCAUAUUUAAAAGAAACAUCAUGCCAUCAUACUAUAUGUAUUCAUGAGGAAGAUGGUAAAAUUGUUUAUCAACAUUUAGGACAUCCUAAACAAUCAACAUUUGAUAAUGAAGAUUGGCCACCAAUAUUUAAACCUGAUUUUGUUAGAUCAGCCAAACUUCUAAAUAUCCGUGAUAAUGAUGUUUUUGUUUGUACAUAUGUUAAAUGUGGAACAACAUGGGUACAACAUAUAUCUUGUCAACUAUUAAAAGUUGAUUAUGGUCCUCAUCAAGGUAAAGAACUUUCAAUAACAUCCCCAAUGAUUGAAAGAAUGGGAUCAGAGUAUGUGGAUGGGUUACCGUCACCACGUCUAUUAAAAACACAUUUUAAUUAUAAAAAUUGUCCAAAAAGUAAAAAUGCUAAAUAUAUCUUUUGUAUUAGAAAUCCAAAAGAUUGCCUAGUUAGUUAUUAUCAUCAUAAUAAAAAUUUUAAAAUAUAUAAUUGGGAAGAUGGAAAAUUUGAUACAUUUUUUAAAUUAUUUAUUGAAGGAAAACUUGCUUUUGGAAAUUAUUUUGAACAUCUUAAAUCAUGGUUACCUCAUAUUUAUGAUGAAAAUGUACUUUUUUUGAAGUAUGAAGAUAUGCUUGCUGAUCUAGAGGAUUCUGUCUACAAAAUUGGUCAAUUUUUAGGAGGAAGAGCAAAAGAAAUGGUUGAAAAUUUAGAUACAUUAAGAAAUAUUGUUAAUAAUAGUACAUUUGAAAGUAUGAAACAAAAUCAAAGUCGUUGGUUCCCCUCUACUCAUUUACGUAAUGAAACAUUUAUUCGUAAGGGUGGUAGCCGUGAUUGGAAAAAUUAUUUUACAAAAGAACAAUCAGACAUCAUAGAUAAAAUGUAUGCACAAUAUUUUGCUGGAACAGAGGCAGAAUUUUGGUUUUCAUCUGAGAUGGCUUGGGAGGAUGAAUUUGAUGAGGAUAUAUGUUCUGAUGACAAUGAAAUGUUAAGUGUUUCUAGUUUAGAGUCAAGUAUAUUAAGUACAAUAGGUAAAAAUGGUAUAUUGAUAAAUGAAACAUCUAAUAAUACAUCAUCAUGUUCAUCAAUACUAAGUAGUUCUGUAGAUUCAGGAUGUGGUUCAAUUGUAACAAUGUCAAGUUUUAUGGCAAAUAAACAGACUACUAAUUAUAAUCCAAUAAUUGAAUGUAAAAAACGGCACAGAUGUGAUUCUAAUUUUAGUAUAUCUACAGGGUAUGGUUCAAUAUGGUAA